CCUACUAGGAUAACUACUAAUCAAUACAGGACCCAAUAUUAUUCGCUUAAAAAAUAUAUGGUUGCAAAAUAAUGUUUAUAAUACUAAAAUGCUGUCAAAUGUAGAAAAAUGGCAAUGUAGGCAAUUUUCUAUAUUUCUAAUAAAGAGUUAAGAAAAGUUGAUGUGGGUAACACAGGGAAGCCAUGUAAAAUGAUUAUAAAAGUGGCUUAAUUGAUUUGGUAAUAACAGAUCUUUAAAUCUGUUGAAGCAAAUAAAUUUUAAUAAAAGGUAAUUAAUUCAUAUUAAAUUUUCUAAUUACUUUGGCUACACCUGUUUAUGAUGCUUAAACAAGUAGUUAAGCUCUAAAAGUAGGCCUAGUUUAUAAAGCAGACAUAAGAACUAAAGAACAUCAGCCAUAAGUUUCUUUUAGGGAGUAGCAAUCACAGUAAAUGUUGA